AUGGCCGAGACCGUCGUUUCAAAUGGCGGUCCUAUCGCCGAGGACAACAUCAUCAACCGCCGUGGCGGGGAAUCCAUAUACCAGAGUUGCGUCAAUCUCAAGAAGCGUUUAGCAGAGGUCCCCAACUUCGAGCCUCAUUUGCAGGAGAUGGAAGAGGCCGACUUGGUGCAAGGCAAUACCGAUCCCGUGGCUUCGCUCUGGAACUGCUUGCGAAACGGAUAUCCCCUCUUGGCCAUCUACAACGCUUCCGGUCCCGAUGAGAAUCUGGAGAUUGAUCCCGCCAAGGUGCCCGAGGCCAAACGCCCCAAGGCCGCCACCUUCAAAUUCCUGCAGGCCUCUCUGCAAGAACUCGCAUUUCCCCAACAGGACUGCUUCUUGAUUACUGAUCUUUACGGGGAAAAUACCACCGGCUUCCUCAAAGUGAUCAAGAUGGUGAAUCGUGUUCUGGACAUCCUGGAGAUGCAAGGACAGUUGAAGCGACCGUCGGGCGAUGCAGCACGUGCUCCGGUAACAGGCGCCGUCAAGCUCACCAAACGAGAGCACAUCCUGAAGGAACUAUUGGAAACAGAGCGCGACUACGUUCACCAUCUGCAGAAUCUCCAAGCGCUGAAGAAGGAAUUGGAAGAAACGGGAGCCCUUACAGGAGACCAUAGUCAUCAGAUCUUCCUGAAUCUGAACAACCUUUUGGAUUUCGCGCAGCGGUUUUUGAUCAGGAUCGAGCAGCACUACGCUUUACCGGAAGAGAGACAGAAUUGGGGCGAAUUGUUCAUACAGCAUGAGGAGGCGUUCAAACAAUACGAGCCUUUUAUCGCGAAUCAGCUGAGAUGUGACGAGGUUUGCCUGAGGGAAUGGGACAAGAUUCGAGUUGCCCCACGGUCUUUAGACUUGCAACAAAUGGUGGCGCAACCCGCAACGCUAAACGGCUUCUUCGUCAAACCUUUUCAGCGUCUGACCAAAUAUCCUUUGAUGCUGAAGGAACUCGGCAAACAGGUCGAAGACCCAGAGCUCCAAACCGAUAUUCAGCGGGCGAUCGAUGCCAUCCAAUCAGUUCUUGACUGCGCAAAUGACGCCAUUGACAAGGAACACUUGCAAACGGCGGUUAAAGAUUUGGAUGACCGCGUCGACGAUUGGAAGACCCUUAAAAUAGAGGCCUUUGGAGAUCUCCUACGAUUCGGCACUUUCUCUGUUAUCAAAGGGGACAACGGAAAAGAUUCCGAAAGAGAGUAUCACAUAUACCUUUUCGAACGGAUUCUUCUAUGUUGCAAGGAUAUCAAUCCUAAUAAGCAGAAGACAAAGUUGAUGGUUGGGAAGGACAAGCCAGCAAUGACUGCCAAGGGCAAACCACGUCUUCAACUUAAGGGUCGCAUCUAUAUGGCAAAUGUGACGGACGUAUUGUGCAUGCCAAAGCCAGGAUCCUACCGCAUCCAGAUCUUUUGGAAAGGAGAUCCAGGCGUCGUCGACAACUUCAUCAUUCGCUACCAGAACGAAGACCUUAUGCGCAAGUGGAGCAGGGACAUUGAAGCCCAGCGGUCUAUUCAAGCGGAGCAGCGCAGCGCCCGUAACACCAGCACAUCAGAAACUGAAUUCACAUAUAUGAGGUCCAUGGCCAAUAUGCCCAACCCAUAUCAGCAGGAAUAUGAUGAGGAGCAGGCUGCAACUCAGGAAGCCGCAUUCUUCUCCGAAUUUCCCAUGAGCCGUAACGCUUCUAGCACGAGUCUUCGGACACGCUCAGCGACAGGCGGCAGUGGUGCCUCUGGUCCGGUCGGUCGUCCGCCUCGCUUUCCCGUGCCUGACCCCAGUUUGUCGGUUCACACCCAGUUUCCUGGUGGUAGCAUGUCACCGGCCGAGAGAAAUGCCAAUUCUUAUUUUUCUCCGGUCGCUGAAACCCCAUCGACUCGGUCCAGUUCGCAAUCAACCGGAUACUUCAGCGGCCGACAGGCCACACCCACCAACAAUUGGAGCGAAGACCACCCUCGCUACACGGCUCCUGCCUUAUCUCGAGCUACAUCCAGAGACGGACCCAGCUCCAAUCCCUAUUUCAAUGGCGCCCCGAACGGACGAAGUGCCCAGCGCCCCUCACUACCUCCAAUGUCGGGAUCGUCCGCUAACGGCAUGGCUCAGCGGAUGCGGUCCGCUAGCAGUCCUGAUAUUCAUAACCCGGAGGUUCGUCGGUACAUGCAAAACACUGACAAUGUCCCCGUCCCCCCGAUUCCUGCCCAUAUGGCCAACAUGAAGGUGCAAGUCAACCGAAGCCAGAACAAUUCUCCCACCAAUACUCAACUGCCCAUCCGAAACAACCACCUUUCCAAUCCCCAGCAUGUCUCUCCCACCCACUUCAAUGAACCGCAAUAUGGUGAUCAUCGGCCCAACACAUCAGCCACCGAUCAACCAACCUCCCCGCUCAGCUAUGAGCCUGAUGAGGAACCACUGAUGCCCACACAACUGAAAGUGAAGGUUAACUUCGAUGAUAAUUAUGUUACGUUGGUUAUUGCGAGCAAUAUCAUGUUCCGUUCGCUGAUCGACCGAGUCGACGCGAAACUGGCUCGAUUCACCAGCAAGUCGAUAGGGAGCAAAUCAGUCCGACUGCGAUACCGCGAUGAGGACGGAGAUUUCGUGACUAUCGACAGCGACGAAGCCGUGCAGCUUGCAUUCCUGGAAUGGCGGGAGCAGCAGCGUGAUAUGCUCGCCAAGGGCCAAGUAGGGGAGAUUCAGUUGUACUGCCAGGCAGUUGAGACCUAG